AUGUUGGUCCGGAUUGCCGCUGUCUGUGUCUUAUUGAUUGUCCAGGAAGUUCUGGGGGCUGGUAUGACACUGGAACAAAUGUCAGCACAGGUAGUUCAUAGAGUGAAUCCCAAGGGUUCCCACGUGACCUAUGACGAACUACGUCACUUCCUCGAUGUCAACUAUGACAGGAAUCAUGACGGAUGCGUAUCUUAUAGCGAGUUUACAGCGGUGUGGACGGUAAUCUAUCACGACUCCAUAGAAACAUCGACCCAAUUCGUCAAAAACAUGGAUAUGGAUCAUGACGGGUGUUUGGAUGAUAUCGAGGUUCUAGUGAACGGGGCCAGAACUAAUCACCAUGCUAAAAUAGGUUAUCCUAUGGGAUCCCAUGACCUUGCUCAUGUAUUGGAAGUUUACCAUCCCACAGUGAGCGCAACAGGAAGUACACCCGACCCAGGAGUUGUCGGUUAACUUCCUCAGGACAAGCGGAUGAAUACAACAGCCAGUGAAAAAG